GUUGGAAGGACUGGAUAUUACACUUAGUCAACUUACCUUAAGCGGUUUAAACGAAUUAGCUCAGAAAUUAAAUAUACCAGCUACACAGUUAAGCAAUAUGACCUUAGUGCAAUUAACAAAUUUUUUAUCAAAUUUUAUUAAAAACAAAAAUAAUGUAGUACCUGCUACCGCAACAAGUACUAAAGUUGAAGCCGAAGUUAGUAAUUCCAAUAAUUUUGCAGAUUUUUCCAAUUUUCAAGCAGAUUUCGCAGCCAAUUUUAACAAUUCCAAUACAGAUCCAACCUAUGAUCGAUAUGCUGUAUUUAGAGAGUUAAUGCAAGAAGAGAUUAAACAAACUAAAAUAGAUUCGGAACCUGAGGAGAUAUUGGAAGAGAAAGAAAAGUUAGAAAACUCAAUGAACAGUAAUGUAAGUUUAGACUUGAAACCUCUCAACGAAGAACCUUCUAAAACCACGGAUAGAUAUGCAGCACUUAGAGAAAUAGUAGAAAGCGAAUUAAAACAUAGUGAAAUACUGAAAGAUGAUUUGAAUAAAAACCAGUCGGAUGGUGAAUACAAAGUAGAAGAAGAGGAGGAUGAGGAAAAUGAGGAAGAUCGAAAAAUAUUGAAUAAUGAAAACUUUAAUGAAGAGAAUGAAAAUAUAAAUAUAAUUAACCAAGAAAAUAAAUUACAAAUGGAAAUAAAAGAUAAACAGCUGGUUUCUCCGGUGAAAACCAGUAUAAUAGAAUAUAUAACACCUCCUGAAGUUCAAAGUGAGGAAAUACAACUAAAGAAUACUUUAAAGUCUCCAACUAAAUCCAGUGUUAUUGUUAAAAGCCCAAUACCCAGUGCUAUAACUGAAAUAGUUCAAAAUAAUACUCGCCUCACUUCAGGAUCGCUAUCGGAUGUCAUUAGCGGAAGUUCACCAGAAGUUGAUAACACAGCUAGUAACUCUGAUAUAGUGAAGAAGAUGGCAGAUGCAACAGGUGAAUCGUGGGCUAUUUUCGACCAAGAAACAGCACACUUGGAAUCCGUUAAAGAGAAACAGGCUGUGCAAAGUGAAGAGGGAGUUUCGCCUUGGUCAAGUGAUUCUAAGGAAUUUGGAGGUGGAUCUCCACCAGGUUGGAGAAGUAAGGAUUCGGGUAGUGGUACAGAACCAUUUCCAAGAAAAAGAAGGGACCAAGACGGUUGGUGGGAUACUGCUGCUGAACCUGAAGCUCACUACUAUCCUGCAAAUCGUCGUUCGACGGAUAGUUAUGAUGAAGAAUACUAUGAAUGUUACGAUCGACCAAGGAGACGUCGUCAGCAGAGUAAUUGGCAACAUGGAAAUCAAGCUGCCGGUGGGCACUCGUCCAGUUCAAGAGAUGUUAGUCCUUGGGAGGAAGAACCUCAAAGACGUGAUCUUCGAGAAAUGAGGGAUCCGAGAACAGUUUACAGACAUCCUCGAACACACUCAUUCGAAAGAAGACGAGAUAGAAGACUGACUGAUAGUUGGGAUGAAGAUGACGAUUAUGAGUACGAGGAUGAACAUUCGUCACGUCAUUGGGACAGGCAUAGUUCGAGAGAAACUGAUCGAGAAAGCAGACAUAGUGGUGGAAGUAGAGAUCACGAUAGUGAUAGAUGGUGUGAUGAUAGAAGUGAUGAUAGAAGGCAUAGAAGACGAAGGGACCCAAGAGAUAGAUGGUGCUGUCCAGACUGGGAUCAGCCAGGACAAGAUAAAACAAGGUAUGGUAGUAGUGGUAGAUGGCGGGACCAUAAGACUGAAGAAAGAUAUUAUAGUAGAGAAUCUCAAGAAUCUCCUUGGGAAGACGAAUAUUCAAAUGAUCCUGAAGAUUCGCCCCAUUUCGUUACUAGUUCUAAGAGAAAUUGGAAACAACGACCCAGUAGUGCUUCAGAAAUGGAUAGAAAAACUGGAGAAAUUAAAUCGAGACAUCACCUAGGUGCAGGUGGUAGUGAUGGCGAAAGAGAUAGAAGAUACAAACCUAGUAGAAGAUCUCGCAGUCGAGAUUCUCAAUAUUCAGAACCAACUCAUAGGCAUAAAUCCGAUUUGGGUCCACCCAUCAAAAGUGCACAUCGUUACAAAUUUCCAGAAGAACCAGUAAUCAGUAAAAAAAUCCCCUCUGACUUUAAAAUAGAAUGUAAUAAAAAACCUUCAACUCUUACGCGAAAAAAAACCAAAGACAGUCCCAAGUCUGAGGAAAAUAUGGCCAGUACUUUCCCUAGGAAAUCAAGUAGUCGUGGCAAAUUAGUUUUUGAGAACGACUUUGUUUCUCCAGAACCUAGUCCUGUAAUGUCGAGUAGAUUGACAUCGAAAAUCAAUUUUGAGAAUGAUUUUGAGAAAUCGCUACCAGUUGAAAGCGUUCGCGAUAGACCUCGACCAACGACCAAAUUAUCCCCUCGCUACCAGACGAAGUCAAAAUCUCACUUCGAGGACGACUUUUCUCCUACCGAAAAACAGGAACCAGACGACAACAUUUCCAGUAUUAAAGAAGAGGCAGAUCGUGAAGACGAAGAUGAGUUUAGUACCAGUAAUUUUGAAAAUGCUACGAAUGGUCGAAAGAAGAUUCUUUCAAAAAAUAGAUUUUCAGGUUUGAGAACAGAUAUCAACAUUAAAAAGUCGGAAUCUGUAAAUAUUUUCGCCAGAGAAGAUGAUCCGUUUGACGAUGAUUUCUUUUGUGUGGAAGAUGCAGGGAGGGAGCAGAAGACUUCGCCUAGGAGUACAGAGCUACGAUGGACUGAUGACUUUGAAAAUUAG